CUCUGAUAAUAUUCAAAUGUCGCUAUGUCUUCAAAAGGUGCCAUAUUUUAUUCCGCACAGGACACUACGGAUGCAGUGGUUGCUGCCCGUGGAGUGAGAAUAUCCUUGCCCCAACACUAUCUUUCCAUCGCAGCCAUAUGUUACCCAUGGGUGUUAAACGAAGCAGAGCCACAAGUUGCGCUGGACAUGGUUCAUAUGCAAUGCAUUCACCUGACGCUUGAGCUGUUUUAGAGACGGCAAAGUUGUAGCCAAUUUGGUCUUUCAAGCUGGUCAGAGUAGAGGUUGCGUUGUCUGUCUGCAAAAAGCUGGCUAGUGUGCGUACGUAUAUAAACAGUCAAAGUCAUCCAUACUGCCUCUGAACUUGUUUCCAAAUCAGACCAACCGUUCCAACAAGUUCACUUCCUAUCUUUCCAUCAAUACUCACCAAUCUUUUUUCAUAAUGAAGACUUUCACCGCUAUUCUUUCCAUCGCCAUCGCGGUUGCUGCUGUCGACGCCACGGAUGUUGUGCGAGAGGCCAAAGAAGUUCAUGUUGCAAACGGCCCUGGAGGAGUUGCUGGCCUACAAAGCGCGGUAGACACCAGUUUACACCUAGUUGAUGUCAUGGUAGAGACAUACAGCAAUGCAGAGUGCUGCAACCAAACACCUUGUUUCAUUGGGUGCCCUGUUCAGGGCGUCCCCCGUGUAGGCUUUAUACUUUCCAUGCGGGAGAAGCCUGACUCGCUAACAUCUUUAUCCUAGUUCUGCUGCUGAUUCGGUAUACUUGGAAGGACAGGUGGUAUGUUUUGGUCGUUGUAUGGAGUUCUCCAAUUCCAUGGAGUUUAAGCUCGGCCGGCCAUGACAGGGAUAACCUUUUCUAUUAACACCGUACUCCCGUAUGAAAAUAAAACAAAUUUAUGUUUUACAGAUAGAUACUGCAUCCGCGUGUAGCGAUUUCUUGAUCAUUCACAGACUACGACAUGUUGCAUGUGGCUACCAGAGUAGCCGACGGUGUGAUUCUGCUAUAAACGGGCAGCGAUUCGGACAAGCAUGUGAGGCAGGCAAGGCGAAACGCCACCACGAUCGGGAUUCGGAAGCUGAGAGCACUUUAGCAGGUGGUCUUGCUGGCAUAAGCGGCAGCGUCACAGCCAAACAGACAAUGUAAGCGAAGACUGGGGCACUGCUGCUGCAGCUGGCCAAGGAAGCGUACGAUUCUGGGAUUCUGGAACAGAAAUAGCGUAAGCAAUAGAAUCAUGUAAUGCUACCCAAUUACUCUGGCAAUGGGGCGCGGCACUCGCUUCCCGAUGCAGACGAUGAUGAAGUGGGAGGAGGCUUGGCAGUUUUUGUGUUGUUU